UCGUCGCGCCCCUGACCUGUGGGGCGGGGCUCCGCGCUCCUGCCCGCGGCCCGGAUGGGUGUACUGGCUGGGACUUGGGGCUCCUGGAGUUAAUGUCCAACCGGGGGUCUGCGGAGACCGGAUCCGAGGUGCCGCCGCCGGCCGGGACUCCAGGAUGAAGUUAUGGGAUGUCGUGGCUGUCUGCCUGGCGCUGCUCCACACCGCGUCCGCCUUCCCGCUGCCCGCCGGUAAGAGGCCUCCCGAGGCGCCCGCCGAAGACCGCUCCCCCGGCCGCCGCGCGCCCUUCGCGCUGAGCAGUGACUCCAAUAUGCCAGAGGAUUAUCCCGACCAGUUUGACGACGUCAUGGAUUUUAUUCAGGCCACCAUUAAAAGACUGAAAAGGUCCCCGGACAAACAAAUGGCCGUGCUGCCUAGAAGGGAGCGUAAUCGGCAGGCCGCCGCCGCCGCCCACCCAGAGAACCCCAGAGGGAAGGGCCGGCGGGGCCCGAGGGGCAAAAACCGGGGUUGCGUCCUAACCUCCAUCCACCUGAAUGUCACGGACUUGGGUCUGGGCUACGAAACCAAGGAGGAACUGAUCUUCCGGUACUGCAGCGGCUCCUGUGAGGCCGCCGAGACGAUGUACGACAAAAUAUUAAAGAACUUGUCCAGAAGCAGGAGGCUGGAAGCAUUCCGCGAAAAGGUGUGGAUGUAUCUGACUCCGGCUCCAGAGACGGCUGUGUAUUGCAUUCCUGCUGCGGUGCAAAGAAAGGGACCAAGGUUCCCAGGAAAUGUUUGCCCGGAAUGGAAGAUGAGGACCAAGCUGGAGGAGGAGGAGGAGGAGGAGGAGAGCCAUGUGGGAGCCUGGGACAGAGAGAUCCAGCUACACAGACCUGGACAGGAGAGAGGAAACAGCAUCUGGAUUCUCCCGGACAACAGCCGAUGCCACCAGAAGCCCAGGGCUGGUGUCCCUGGGGGAGGGGUUGCCAUGGUUUCAUCUGAUGCAGCCCGCUGGCACCAGCCCACCAGUCCACCAGUCACGGGCACAGUUGCGGAUGCACUUGAAACUAAACCAGUGUGUCUCCUGUGGUUUGUUUUCACACAUCUGGAGACACCGGGGAAACGGAAUCCUGGUGUCAUUCCUUGUCAUUACGUUUUACUGCUGAAAGCAGGGAAGGUUUAUUUUUCUGUCACUCAGUGGAGACAUACCCCGGAAAGGAGGGGGGUGGCGGGGAAGCAAAGACACAGAGACAGUAACCUUUGCAUCUGAAAGUUGAGGCCUGAGGUUUACUACCACCAGCGUAUAGGGAACGGCUGGCUGGUGAUUCAUUUUGAACUUGGUGUGUGGGGUGGGAAGAAGUUGGCUAGGAACCAAAAAGGCUGUCCUCAAGACUAAAAACCAACCUGAAAGUGUUUCCUUUAAGGCCUUGGAAACAGGAAACCGGUUGCGGUUCUCGGCAGCAUUCUUGCAGGAGAGCGAGCGGGGAGGCCUCCGCCUCCCAGGGGCAGGGAAACCCCGCGGCUGUCGGUUUACAGAGAGACGCGUUACAUACACCCCAGCUCCGGCUGUGCGUGGUCACCAGUGACCAGAGAAGCUACUCGAUGCAAUGCAUCUGUUUCAGAUACGGAAAAUAGAAGAUAUUUAUUGAGAUUUAAGUUAUUGUUAUUUAUUACCGUUCACUAAUGAGUUUCUCUUUCGUCCCUUAUUUAUUAAAGUUUCUUUUCAAAGGUGCCAAAGUAUAUGUGCUCGCAAAAUGCAAAGAAGGGUGACAAAGAAAAGUUUAAUUGGGAACAAAGGGUCCAUGCUUUUCAAAGUAUUAACACAUUUGUCGCUAGGCAAAAAUCACUUACUUUACCUUUUUAAGAAAAGCCCUCAUUCACUUCCCCAGAUUUCAGCAUCUUCCCUGUUUUUCUUUCUUUCUUUUCUUUCCUUUUUUUUUCCUUUUACGAAAGAAAUGUGUCCGAAGGAGCAUGUCUGGCAGGGUCCCGGAGAGGCGCGUGCAGAGACCCUUGGCACUUGGUUUUAUGUCUUCGUUGCUCCAGCUCUGAGCAGAAUGCCAUGUGCUGCAUGGAUUUAAGCUCUUAUUCCCCCCACAUAUACCUACCUAUGACAUGCAUAACCCUAUAAAUGAAAGGUUAAGUCCCUUUUAGUGGGCAGUUCUGGCUCCAACGUUGACCUAAAAGUAAAAUCCUGCCAGGUUGCCAGGGUUCCACUCUGAACGGAAACUCUUCCUCCAUCCUUCCCACUGUUCUGAGAGCGUGCAGGUGCCCAGCGCGGCCGAGGAGCGCACUGCUGGCCUUCCAGAACGGGGGUCUGCGGGUCGCCAUCAAAGCCCCUUGGAUGUCCUCUCAGGUGACAGUGGCUGUCCCUGUACACCGCCCUCUCCCGUAGAAGAAGGUGGCCCAGAAGGGUGGACGCGCUCCCCGAGUGUGCCACCUUUCCGAUGAACGCCAUGGAGGGGAGACAGGCGGGAUGGGAACAGCCACCUCCUAGUGCCCAGACCCUCCAGACCGUGUGUUUGCCCGGCAACUGAUGCCUACGCAGUGCACUGGGCCCUACCCCAGAGCGUGGGACACAUUCAUGGAAGAGAUUUUUACCAAGGAGGUCAUCUGUCACUACCUUGGCCAUUAGCCCCCAAGUCUGGCAGGUUUAGCAAUUAAAAGACCCCACUGGCCUCCCUCAAAUCAUAUUCAUUUCACAAAGUAACCAGGAGGCAGCAGUUACCAGACAUCCCUCCCCCCUAACCCCAAACACCCAAGCUCGCCAUCCUUCUGCCCCUCUCCGUCCCUCUGCUUCCCUUGCAAGACUUGGAAAUGGAGGGAAAGCACUUCCUCUCCCCAAACCUCCCCUGGGGCCAGAGCGGGGACCCUGCGAGGAGUGGAGCGAGGGGAGCGGCUGACCCAGCCAGCCCUUGGUCAUUCAGGAAGCACUUAGGUGUCGCCCCACCCAGGGGCAUCUGUCCCAUUCAGAGUCCUGGCAGGCUUGGUGGCUGGUGUCCCAGGGGUCCACUCAGUCAGCCCCCUCUCCCCAUGGAGAGUCCCUGCCCAGAGGGGCUGUAGGACUCCGUGGGUGUCCUACCCACACACCGUAAGCAUCGCCUACACACCAUAGCCGGUUUUCACGGAAGCGAAUCCUCCCCUAAAUACACAAAAGGGUAAAGUCUGUGAUUUUUCUCUGUCGUUGCGAUCACCACCUGGUCCAGUAAGGAGGGCCCUUCUUUGGAAGUUCUGACUUCUCUGAUCUGUCUCGGUCGUUUGUGUUAUUCAACCAAAGUUCUCUACAAACUUUAUUUUUGUACAAUAUCAUUUUGUAACUUUUUACAAAUAAAAACUCAUUUCUAUU